AUGUCUAAUGGUAGAGGAUAUAAAAGAGCCAGAAUUGAUAUGGCCUUGCAUGAUGCAUUUUUGCAAAUUCAAUACCCUGACUCGAAACUAUAUCACUUGCUUUUUAGAGCUUAUGAUCAUUGUCCCAUUCUCCUUCUCACUGAGGCAGAUGAACAAAGGUCAUAUAGAUCAUGGAAAUUUUACAAAUGUUGGUUAAGAGAUAAAAACUGCAUGGAGGUAAUAAAUUUUACAUGGCAUACUCAAUCAACAGGAGUUAAUCUGCAUGAAAAACUAAGUAGCACGCGUAAGUCCUUGGCUAAGUGGAAUAGGGAAGAUUUUGGACACAUUAAUAGAAGAAUUAAAUACUUAAAAGAUUAUAUCUCUCAUGUGCAAUCUCUUCCCUGUAGUGAUUCUAAUAGUAAUAAGAUUCAAGAAAUUAUUGAGAAUCUCUCUCACUGGGAAAGGAUUGAAGCGGAAUUUUGGCAGCAAAGAUCUGGUGAUAACUGGAUUUUGGAGUCUGACAACAAUACAACGUACUUCCAUUCAAAAGCUAAUAGAAGACGUGCAAGAAAUAACAUCACUGCUCUUAGAGAUAACUCAGGAAAUAACAUCACUACUCUUAGAGAUAACUCAAGAAAUAACAUCACUGCUCAUUAA